AGCAUCACUUUCUUUCCGAACAAGUUACUUUAUUUUUAAUUCCUUAAGCACUGGUUUGCUUUCAUUAUUAAUUUCAUUUCAUUCUCUCUUCCAUGUCAUCAUAUAUUAUCUUUCUUAUUUAAAUUUACACAGUUGUAAUAGCUCAGGCUGGUCUUGUGUGCAUCAUCCAUUUCUAUUUUAUCCGUUCCAGUCCAGUCCAAUCAAUCACCAAACUACGAACCCCAAAACCGAAAUACCCAAGCAAAAUGCUAGUACUAAAACAAAUCAUUGGAGCUAUCUUCGCAUCAGCGACAGUAUCAUCAGCUCUUCCGGCACUUCCCAGACUUAAUGAGAGGGCGUUGAAAAUGUAUGAGAUUAGUUUCAAGAGACAGGUGACGGAUACAGGAUUACCGGCUAAUUUGACCGAUGUGGAUAUUUUACAAUUGUACGCUUUCUUUUCUUUCUUUUCUUUUAGGGACGAGGAAGGCAUAGUCUCUUGUCUCUUUUUCUUUGGGAAGCAGAGCGAUGCGAAAUAUACCUCCUAGGUUACGUUGAAGGGUGGUGGUUGAGAAUGGGGAGAAGGUCGAAAAUGACAUGGGGACAAGCAGACCCCUUCACUAGCUACACUCAAAGAUUCAUAUAUGAUAUGAGUCUCCUUUUACGGCAGUGACCUAGAAGAGAGUCUAUCCCCUCAUCCUUACUGCCUUCCAUACAUUCUCUAGAAAUCCUAAUUAACACCUCAUAGCGCUCUUACCCUCGAGAACCUCGAAACAGCCUUCUACCAACAAGGCUUCGCCAAAUUUCCUGAUUCAGACUUCACAGCACUUGGUCUCACAGCGCAAGAUAUAACCAAUCUCAAAAUGGUCGGCAUGACCGAAGCAACCCACGUAACAACCCUCACGACCGCUAUCUCUGCAAGCGGCACCCAACCAGUCGCUCCAUGCACCUAUAAAUUUAACUUCACCACCGCCCAAAACAUGAUCGCUACAGCCAAUGUCCUCGAGAAUAUUGGCGUGAGUGCUUAUUUGGGCGCAGCACCAUUAAUAAGUAGCAAAGCCAUCUUGACCGUCGCAGCCGAGAUCGUCACAGUAGAAAGUCGUCAUCAAACUUUCAUCCGUACCGCCUCCAAAGUCGCAGCAGUUCCAUCCGCUUUCGACACUCCGCUCGGAAUUCGCAACGUCUUUUCCCUCGCUGCCCCAUUCAUCCAAUCUUGUCCCCAAGGCUCCAAUCUAGCCGUUACGCCCUUCCCGGCUCUCACUAUGACGACGGCAAAUGAAGCUAUUACCGCCGGCUCAACUCUCCAAUUAAGUACGACGGCGCAGGGAGCAACAGCUUGUGCUUUUACAAAUGGAGGACAAGCUGGCGGAACAGCUUUCACGGCUUUUGCCAAUGGGGCGUGUACGGUUCCUCAGGGGUUGGCAGGUGAUGCAUAUUUGAAUUUGGCGAAUCAGAUGCCUGCGACGGGAGUGCUGACGGAUGCUAUUACUGUUGCAGGACCGAUGGUGUUGCAGAUUUCUUAGGGAUUUAUUCUGGAUGGUGUGGUUUUGGGGUGAGGCGGGCCGGGAGAUAUGACCGUUGGGAGCAUGGGGGAGUUAAUUCGUAGAGGAGAAAUGGGAUAGUUGGGACCAUGAGCUGUAAUCAUGGAGACACGAAGACACAACUUGGUCUCGGCAUG